UCGUAUUUAAAAGUAUAAACAUAAUACAUUAAUGACGCUUCUUUGAAAUAUGUAGAUACAUAGUUAUAAAUCCAUAGAUAUAUAGUUUACGAGUACGUUUUAUGCAGGUUACACCUAGAGGAAGGUGCUAGAAUGAUUAAAUUUAAUCUUUAAUUUUAAACUUCAUUUAAGUAAGGAGAAAAACACGAUAAGAACAAACUGUAUUGGAUGCAAGCUGAAAAGGGUAUCUUGAUACAUAAUGAAGAGAAAUGGUGAAAAAAGCAGAAAUUAAAUUCUAUAAAAGAAAAAUCAUCUAAAUGAUUAUAAAAUGGCACCUUUUCAAACGGCAGUUAAUAUUAGACAAGAAAGUGUUGAAAAUUUGGGUCAAGAUAUUAUUGACUUACACGUUUUACCUGAUGGGGAAAAUUGGGCAGAAAAUACAACGGCUAUUACUGCAAAUACAUCUGAAAGAUCCGAAUCAGUUGAUGGAGUUAGUCAAUGGCCAAAAGAUGGAGAAUCCUUUAACAUUAUUUGUAGUCGUUAUAUAGCUGCAAUUUUUUCUAUUACAAUUAUUGGAAGUGCUUUUCUUAGUCCUAUUAUUAUGAUACUUCUACCUAAAUUUGGAUUUUUUCCAGAUGCAUUAUCAAUAUUAACUAUUCAGCAAAGAUUAAAUUAUGCAUCAUGUAAUAUAGAAUGUAAAGGUCAUCUUCUUGGAUUGGGAUUUAAAGUUACAUUACUUGGAAUUGGAAGCUGGGCAAUAUUUUUAAAAACACGAGAAGCUUUUAUGCCACGAAUAUUUAUGUUUCGUACAGGAGUGAUUAUUUUAACGACAUUAUGUGUAUGCACUUUUUGGUUAUUUUAUAUUGUGCAGAUUACUGAAGCAGCUAAAACAGCAUUAGUUGGAGAUCUGGCUGAAUAUAAAAGUUUAGUAAAUUAUGCUGGCAAUUUCAUUGAUACAUUAUUAUUUAUACAUUAUGUAGCAGUUUUACUUCUAGAAAUUCGUCAUUUAAAACCAAUGUAUUAUUUGAAGAUUGUUAGAUCCCCUGAUGGAGUAUCAAGAUCAUAUGCUAUAGGACAAUUAUCAAUUCAACGAGCUGCUGUAUGGAUAUUAGAAAAAUAUUAUACUGAAUUUUCUAUUUAUAAUCCUUACUUGGAACGCUUACCUACAUCGAAGUCCGGCAAAAAACAGCAUUCAAGUAAUUUUAAGUUUUAUAAUGUCGAUAAUGGGAUAAAUAGUGCUGAACAAUCUUAUAGUGAUCGAAUUGGUUGUGGAAGCGAUCGAGCAAUAUUAGCUGCACAAGCCCGCCGAAGAGAUUCAAGUCACAAUGAACGUUUUUAUGAAGAACAUGAAUAUAAUAGAAGAGUACGAAAACGUAAGGCCCGUUUAAUUACUGCUGCUGAAGAAGCGUUUGCUCAUAUUCAAAGAGUCAAUUUAGAUUCUGGAAGAGUUACAAAUCCAUUAGAUCCGAUGGAAGCAGCUCAAUCAGUAUUUCCUUCGAUGGCCCGUGUUUUACAAAAGUAUCUUAGAAUUACUAGACAACAACCUCGUCAUUCAGUUGAAACUAUUUUAAAAAGAUUAGCACAUUGUCUUGCUCAAGAUGCUACGCCUCGUGCCUUCUUAGAGCCAUUCUUUAGUACAAGCCCUGUACUGUCGUGUGAAAAGGAAAAAGAAAGAAAUUCUCAGCAUUGGGCACUAGUGUGUGAAGGAGAACUUCCAACUAGAUCUCUUACAAGUGGUUGUCAAUUUCAAUUACGACAAGGUGAAAUUGCUCUUUUAUGUAGUGUUCAUCAGUUUCCUCAUUUUCACGUGUCUGAACAAAUAGCUCUUCCAAAAGCUAAUAAGUUUCUAUUAAAACUUAAUUCAGAAACAUCUAUUUAGAUUCUUCAUCAUAUAUUUAAUUUUUUUA